UCACACAAAGUGGGAGCCUUAAAACAGACAGGUGCCUUUGAGACUAGGCUCCGCCCCUGAAUGCCAUAUUUGGUAAGCUUCCGCAUUCCAAAGCGCGCGGGGCGGAGCCGUGGCGCCACCUGUUUCUCAAUGGGCUCUGGGCUCGUGCGCCGCCCGUGUGAGGAGUUAUUCAGAGAAGCGGAGCCAGAGCGGCCGGCGUGGAAGUGCGCAGUGAUUUUGGGAUACUCGGACACGACUUUUUCAAAGUUGUGUGGAAUCAUGGCGCUCCGCGGGCUCAACUUAUUCCUCGUUUUAUUUAUUAACAGUGUAUUUAUCAGCCUUCAGUCAAAAGAACAUGUACUACUGGAUAUGAGAGCUUUAGGAUCAGAGUUGGGAUGGUUGGCGGUGCCAAAUGAGAACGGGUGGGAGAUUAUCCAGAGAGUUGUGAAUGGCUCGCUUUUUUAUACCUACAGUGUUUGUAGCAUAGACACUGCUGAACAGGAUAACUGGUUACGCACAACAUUCAUUCAGCGGCAGCCAGGAGUCAGCCGCGUGUCUGUGGAGAUCAAGUUCGUCGUACGAGACUGCAACAGUUUUAACGGGGCCUCUGUGUCCUGCAAAGAAACCAUCAACCUCUUUAUUUCUGAGGCUGAUGCGGACGUGGGGACCAAAUUCCGUAAAGGGCAGUUCCGCAAAGUGGCCACUAUUGCUCCCGACGAGGUGUCCCAGCGCAAUACGCUGAUCGUCAACACAGAGACUAGAACGGUGGGGCCCCUGUCGGAAAAAGGCUUCUACCUGGCUUUCCAGGACAUGGGAGCCUGUGUGGGCCUGCUCUCUGUCAGGGUGUACUACAAGACAUGCCCGUCCACCGUGCAGAGCUUGGCAGCCUUCCCAGAGACGGUGGCAGACGCUCUGAAGGAAGUGGAGGGAGCCUGCGUGGAGAAUGCUGUCAGUCAGGCCACCCCACGCAUCUACUGCACAGCUGAGGGUGAAUGGGUGGUUCCAGUGGGCCAGUGCCAAUGUCUCCCCGGCUAUGAAACCACAGGGGACACUUGCCAAGAAUGUAAACCGGGCUAUUUCAAGCCGUCUGUGUCCACCGAGUUGUGUCGCGUCUGUCCCGACAACACCAAACCCUCCGCAGCUGGAGCCACUGAGUGCCAAUGUGAGGAGGGUUUCUUCCGCGCCCCAACAGACCCUCCAGCAUCUGCCUGCUCCGCUCUCCCCGGCGCCCCUCGCGACCUCACUUCCACCACACUGUCAGCAGACGGCCGGCUGCUGCUGUCCUGGAGCCCGCCUCUGGUGACCGGCGGCCGAACGGACCUCACCUACAGCGUGGUGUGCGAGAUCUGCGACGAGGCCUCGUGCUCCCCCUGCGGCGAGAAAAUCCGCUUCGAUUCGGGUCCGUCCGAUCUGCGGGACACCACGGUCGUAGUUGGGGACCUGGAUUCGCAUCUGAACUACACGUUCACUGUGGAGGUCUAUAGCGGCGUGUCGCAGUACAGCUCGGAAAAGGCCUCCGCGACCAUCACCACUGCUCUGGAUUAUACCGAUCCCCCCAAGGUGACGUCGAUCCAUCUGGAUGAUCGUGGGCCCACAAGCCUGUCUCUGUCCUGGACUCUGUCUCGCAGACCUCCAGCCCACAUCAAUCACCGCUAUGAGCUUAUGUUCCGCCGAAAAAAUCUCAACGGAGAGAGUGAUGUGACCACCUACACAGUCCUAAUUUUGGACAAAAGCUCCGUCCAGAUUAAUGAGCUCACCCCAAACACUGCGUAUAUGUUCAGGGUUCAGGCCCUGGGUCCUGAAGGCACCCCUGGCAGCUACAGCACGGAGCACGAGUUUCAUACUUCAGCUUUAGCUGAGUAUCAGACCCAGAACAAGUCCACCGUGGUGAUGGGAACUGUCGUCGGAGUGGCGGUCAUCCUGCUUGUUGUGGUGGCCGUCCUGCUGCUGCGUAGACGGAGAUUGAGCUCUCGUGGCAGAGGAGGACCUGAGGAUCCCUACUUUUCCCCAGACCAGCUUAAGCCUCUGAAGACGUAUGUGGACCCACAUAUGUAUGAGGACCCAAACAUUGCCAUCCAAAAGUUUGUCACAGAAAUCGAUCCAAGCGCCAUCAGCAAACAGAAAGUCAUCGGUGUGGGCGAAUUCGGGGAAGUGUUUCGGGGUUUGAUGAAGACUGUGAAAGGGGAGGUGGCAGUGGCCAUCAAGACCCUGAAGCCUGGCUACUCGGAGAAACAGAGGCAGGAUUUCUUGAGUGAGGCCAGCAUCAUGGGUCAGUUCUCCCACCCUAACAUCAUCCGCCUGGAGGGCGUCGUCACCAAAUUCAAGCACGCCAUGAUAGUGACGGAGUACAUGGAGAACGGAGCUCUUGACACGUAUCUGAAAGACCACGAUGGAGAUAUUCCUUUGUACCAGCUUGUGGGAAUGCUGCGAGGAAUAGCUGCUGGCAUGAAAUACCUCUCGGACAUGAGCUAUGUUCACCGGGACCUGGCAGCGCGAAACGUUCUGGUCAACAGCAAUCUGGAGUGCAAAGUCUCCGACUUUGGGCUGUCGCGCAUCCUGGAGGAUGAUGCAGAGGGCACUUACACAACCAGAGGAGGUAAAAUCCCCAUCCGUUGGACUGCCCCAGAGGCCAUUGCGUACAGGAAGUUCACAUCAGCCAGCGAUGUGUGGAGCUUUGGUAUUGUCAUGUGGGAAGUCAUGGCAUUUGGAGAACGGCCCUACUGGGACAUGAGCAACCAUGAGGUCAUGAAGGCUAUCAACGAGGCUUUCAGGCUUCCUGCCCCAAUGGACUGCCCAUCCGCCAUCUACCAGCUCAUGCUCCAGUGCUGGCAGCAGGACCGCUCCAAGCGGCCCCGCUUCUCAGACAUCGUCAACAUUUUGGACAAACUCCUCAGGAAUCCGGAUUCCUUAAAAACAAUUGCUGACUUUGACCCACGCAUAUCCAUCCGCCUGCCCAGCACCAGCGGCUGCGACAACACCAUGUUCAGGUCGGUGCCCGAGUGGCUGGAGUCCAUCAAGAUGAGCCAGUACAAUGAGAGCUUUGCUCGCGCCGGGAUCACCAGCAUGGAGCAGGUGCUGGCUCUGAGGCACGAAGACAUUAGGAACAUUGGAGUGCGGCUGCCCGGUCACAUGAAAAGGAUAGCAUACAGCAUCCUGGGCCUGAAAGACGAGACCAGCUCCCUCAGCGUGUUCUCAGUGUGAUCUGAGCAUUCCUUUAAAUCAAAGUGCACUGACCGACCAUGCCAUUUCACUCACGGGCGACAAGGACUGACGGGAGAAAGGGAGGAGGGGGGUGUGAAACUGAGCCACACCGCAGGACUUUUUUUGUCUUUCUGUGGCAGAGCUGCAAGACUGAAAAGGACCCUCCAAACCACUCAGCAAGGACUGAGACCCAACAAGUCCAUGUACUAUAUAAGAGAAAAGAGUAAUUUAUCUUUAAAUGAAAUAUUUUAUAUGUUGAACAUAAACAAGUUUUGAAAUGUAGUUAAUAAAAAAAUGUAAGAAUAAGUAUAGGAAAAUAUGAGUGCUUGAGCUUGUAUUCACUUAAUGACUGAAAUAUUUUUUUCAAAAAGGGAGACUUCUUCCAAGCACUCAUGUUAUACUAGCAAUGUUUCUGGGUCCCUCUGUCUGCUUUAGUUUUUGUUAUCCUGGAAACUUGCUUUUAAAUUUUGGAAUUAUUAUUCCACUCAGGGCAAAAAACUACACAUUCUCGCCUUUGCAUUUAGUGUCUUUACCACACAUCUCCAUUCGUUUGUUUACAUGUCUUAAAAAGCCUUUUUUUAUUUAAUAUUUAUUUUAUAUUUAUGUCAUUUGUACAUGAAACAACUGAUCUGGUGCAUGUUUACCAGGUGGUGUAUAUUUUUUGUCUGAAUAAAAUCAAUGUUGCCUUUUGA